CAUAUUCUAAACGCAGCGACCCUCUUCCUCUUCGUCGUGCCCAAAACCCUAGCGAGCUCGCGAAGGAGGGGGGACGCACUCGAACCCCCGAUCUCCUCCUCCUCCUCCUCCUCCGAUUCCUCGGAGGUCGAUCUCCGUUGCGCUAAUCGCGCCUCCUCGAUCUCCGUCUCGGCGAUACCCAAACCCUAAUCUCCGAUCUCCGAUCGCCGUCAAUGGCGUCUCCGCCGCCAACUCCCUCAGCGCAAGUGGUUGGCCAUGCCUUCGUGCAACAGUACUACAAUAUACUUCACCAGUCGCCGGAGUUGGUUUACAGGUUCUACCAGGAGAGUAGCAAGCUCGGCCGCCCCGACGAGCAUGGUGAGAUGAGCUCGAUCACCACUACGGAGGCAAUCAACGAGAAGAUACUGUCGAUGGAUUUCCUCAAAGCGGAGAUAAAGACGAUUGAUGCGCAAGAGUCUCUUGAUGGUGGGGUGACUGUCCUUGUGACCGGUCAUAUUACGGGGAAGGACAAUGCUGUGAGGGACUUCACACAAUCCUUCUUUCUCGCCCCGCAAGACAGGGGCUACUUUGUCCUCAACGACAUUUUCCGUUAUGUCAGAGAGGAUGUGCAGGACAAUAACCAGCAAGGUAGCGAGGGCUUGGUGAAUGACCCUGUUUCAGUGCCUCAACAGGAGCAGCAUGCUGUGGUCCGUGAUGUGUCAUCGUGGGAACCAGAAGAUGCAAAUGAGGAGGAAGUUUAUAAUCCUUCGGACAAUGAUGAUGAGUCGGUUGUCGAGGAUGAAGCAGCGGUUGUUGAGGUCGUAAAUAAAGCUACAGACAUUUCUCAGGCUAUCAUAGCUGAUUCGAGUGAUUCAGCAGUCCAUGAAGAGGCGCCAAAGAAAUCAUAUGCUUCCAUUGUGAAAGUUAUGAAAGAUAACACUGCUCCAGUAUCUGCUCCAACACAUCCUGCCAGGCCUGCACAGCCUAAGCCAGAGAGACAGGCUCCAGCUCCAGUUGCUGAGAUUCCUGCUUCUAGUUCAAGUCAUGCUGAAAGCAGCAAUGUCCAAGAGCCAGAAGGCGAUGGACAUUCGAUAUACGUAAAGAGUUUGCCUCUAAGUGCUACACCUGCAGAACUUGAGGAGGAAUUCAAGAAGUUUGGUACUAUAAAACCCGGCGGCAUUCAAGUCAGAAGCAAUAGGGUACAAGGGUUCUGUUUUGGGUUUGUGGAGUUUGAGGAAGCUAGUGCUGUCCAAAGCGCGAUAGAGGCUUCGCCAAUAUUGAUAGGUGGUCGCCAAGCUAUUGUCGAGGAGAAGAGGGCUACUGGUUCACGAGCUAGCAACAGAGGAAGGUUUGCACCAGGUAGAGGCGGCGGAGGGUUCUGGAACGAGGCGGGCAGGGGGCGCGGCAACUACGGCGGCGGGAGGGGCUACGGUCGGGUUGGUUUCAACAACCGCGCAGGCCGCGGAAGCGAUGUCGGGUAUCAGAGGGUCGACCAUGCAGGAUCUUCCAGCGGCCGUGGGAACCGCCCCGGGCUUUCCGCCAGUAGUGCAGCUUCUUCUAAAUAACAACGCGGCGGCGGCGGCGGCAGCUGCAUUACUCGCGGAUUUUCUCUCUUUCCUUUCUAUUUAAACUUUCUGUUCUUCUUUACCGAUGAUUCUGCGCAAGAAUAUCAGAGGAUUUCUUUUUGAUGGACUGUGAGGUUUCUCUUGCUGUUUACUCACCAUUUCUUACUCAUUUUACUUCCCUCUCUUGUUUUGCUUUUUUUUUCUCUUUUUUUUUUUUUCCGAUUUUCGGCGUGCCGCGGGGAGAAAUUGUGCAAGUAGGCAUUACUGAUUUAUGAAAAAUACACAUGUUGUUGUUGAUGUAGCUUCAUUAACUUGUGCUUUUAAAUGUUCUUUUUUUUUCAUUAUUUUUCUUGUUUUUGGGGAACAAUUUCUGUGAUAUGUAUUUCUUAAUGAUGUGGAAGUA